ACUUGCACAAUGAAAUGAAAGGGCAUUGUUGUAAUACUACCUAUUUGUUUCGGAAACCCUCACACACACACACACACACACACACACAUCCAUUUGGAUAUAAAAUCCCCAAAACCCUAACCCCAAAUUUGCCUCCUCCCAGCGCCGCCGUCCCCUCUCCCACCCACUCCCUACCCCGCCGGAUAAAAUGACGACCAGAUUCAAGAAGAACCGCAAGAAGCGCGGCCACGUGAGCGCCGGGCACGGUCGUAUUGGGAAGCACCGCAAGCAUCCCGGAGGCCGCGGAAACGCCGGAGGUAUGCACCACCAUCGCAUCCUCUUCGAUAAGUACCAUCCAGGAUACUUCGGCAAGGUCGGUAUGCGCUACUUCCACAAGCUCCGCAACAAGUUCCACUGCCCGACCGUCAACAUCGACCGCCUCUGGUCGCUGGUGCCGCAGGAGGUGAAGGACAAGGCGUCCAAAGAUAACGCGCCGCUCAUCGACGUCACGCAGUUCGGCUACUUCAAGGUCCUGGGCAAGGGAUUGCUGCCGGAAGGCAAGCCGAUCGUGUUGAAGGCGAAAUUGGUGUCGAAGAACGCGGAGAAGAAGAUCAAGGAAUCUGGCGGCGCCGUCGUGCUCACUGCUUGAUUUAGGGUUUUUAUUAUUUUUUACUGUUUUAUUUUGCUUUUCAAGUUUUAUUGCUAAGGGAUUUUGAAUGAAUUUGCUCGUUAUAUACUCUAAUAGAUGUUUUCAUCUUAUGAAUUUUGGAUUCUCAA